GGCAAAGUUUGUGAGACUACAUUAUGUGCCAAUCGUUGUUUAAGUUUCUCGAGUGAAAUGGAUUGCCAUACCGCCCGACAGUGUGCGUUUGAACUUUUACGUUUGAACUUCAGUGUGCAGUAGGUCAAACGUUACUGUGCAAGAAACACUUUAGUACCUGAUUGCUAGUUUCAUAAAGGCAGAGUGAACUUGAACAAUGGAGAAUUUGAAGAACCAAAUUAUGACGACCAAUGUCUGGGUGGAACAGUAUUGGUACGAUUAUAAACUUCAAUGGGAACCAUCUGAAUACGGUGAGGUGAACAUGCUUCACGUUCCAUCCGAUCACAUUUGGAGACCGGAUAUUAGCCUCUACAACAACGCCGACGGUCACUACGAAUUGAAAUUGAACACGAAAGCCAUUGUGCACCACAACGGCCUAGUGGCGUGGCAGCCACCGGCCACCUACAAGUCCGCCUGUGACAUUGACGUUGAAUAUUUCCCCUUGGACAUACAGACCUGUUUCCUCAAACUUGGGUCGUGGACUUAUGCGGGUUAUCAGGUGGAUCUCAGGCAUAUCGACGAGGUGGAAGGAUCCAACAUCGUCGAUAUCGGCAUGGAUCUCAGCGAGUUCUACAUGUCUGUCGAGUGGGAUAUUCUCGAAGUGCCGGCUGUUAGGAGCGAGAAAUUCUACACGUGCUGCGUCGAGCCCUAUUUGGACAUCACGUUCAACAUCACGAUGCGCCGCAAAACGCUCUUUUACACCGUCAACCUCAUCAUCCCCUGUAUGGGCAUCUCCUUCUUGACCAUUCUGACGUUCUAUCUGCCAUCCGAUUCCGGCGAAAAGGUCACGUUGUCCAUCUCGAUCCUGAUUAGUCUUCACGUCUUUUUCCUGCUGGUCGUCGAGAUCAUCCCGCCGACGAGUCUAGUGGUGCCACUCCUCGGCAAGUACUUGAUUUUCGCCAUGAUCCUCGUAUCGAUCAGUAUUUGCGUGACGGUCGUGGUGCUAAACGUUCACUUUCGUUCGCCGCAAACGCAUCGAAUGGCACCUUGGGUCCGACGCGUCUUCAUUCACAUUCUGCCCAGGCUGUUGGCUAUGAGAAGACCUCAGUGUCGAAUCGAUGAGCACUCGAAAUUCGGCCGACAUGUCGUCGUGCGGACGUGCAACGGUUCCGAAUUGCGCGACUCGAUGGGUGACAAUGGCGGCGAAUAUUUGCGCAGAGCUAAUAAUCGAAACACGUUGCCCAGUUUCGGUGCCACAAGUCGUGGUGCAACGGCCGAUAAUCUCUGCCGCGUUCACGGCUAUCCGUCGCGGCGCAAUUCGGUCAUGGUGCGCGAUGAUACGAUGUCUACCACCACAUUAGCUGCAGCCUCUUCAGUGAUGGGCUCGUCGAGGAUAGGCGCGCCCAGUGGCGGCAUUCCCGUCUCGGGCACGGGCGAUAACAUCCGUUACAUCGGUCCCGGUGGCAUGCAUUCGGCCAAAUGUACGACCGAUUUGCAUCGUUCCUGUUUUUGCGUCCGCUUCAUCGCCGAACAUACGCGUCUCAAAGAAGAAUCCCUCCGAGUCCGCGAGGAUUGGAAAUACGUGGCCAUGGUGUUGGACCGUCUCUUCCUCUGGAUAUUUACCCUGGCCGUCCUUGUCGGAACGGCUGCCAUCAUUCUACAGGCGCCUUCGUUGUACGACGACCGCGAACCCAUCGACAAACAACUGUCAGAGAUCUUCAGCACGGUCAGGAAUCGACAUCAGCAGAAUAAGAACCCCUUCUAGAAAUAAA